GCGCUGGGACCCCUAAUGAUACUAGCCCGGCUCACCACCCGCCACCCAACACGGUUAGUGGUUCACUCCGAACACCCCUCGCUGCUUGGCUGGUGCUGCGGCCGGUCUCACUUCCGGUUGUUGCCGGGCCCUAUAUCCGGUGUCCGCCCGCCCUCCAUCCCGCUGGCUCCGCGAUGCUGUCCCGGUCCCGCUGCGUGUCCCGGGCGUUCAGCCGCUCGCUUUCUGCCUUCCAGAAGCAUUAACAACAGUAGCAUCUUCAGUGUUCGCUUCUUCCAAACCACGGCAGUGUGCAAGAAUGAUGUGAUUACAGUCCAGACCCCAGCAUUUGCAGAGUCUGUCACAGAGGGAGAUGUCAGGUGGGAGAAAGCUGUUGGAGAUGCAGUUGCAGAAGAUGAAGUGGUGUGUGAGAUUGAGACAGACAAGACUUCUGUGCAGGUUCCAUCACCAGCAAAUGGCAUCAUUGAAGCUCUUUUGGUACCCGAUGGGGGCAAAGUUGAAGGAGGAACUCCUCUAUUCACACUCAGGAAAACCGGUGCUGCUCCUGCUAAGGCCAAACCAGCUGAAGCCCCUGCUACAGCCCACAAAGCAGCGCCUGAAGCACCGGUGGCCCCUCCUCCUCCUGUAGCACCAGUGCCCACUCAGAUGCCACCUGUGCCCUCACCCUCACAACCUCCUUCUAGCAAACCAGUGUCUGCAAUAAAACCCACUGCUGCCCCUCCACUGGCUGAGGCGGGAGCUGCUAAAGGCCUGCGCUCAGAACAUCGGGAAAAGAUGAACAGGAUGCGUCAGCGCAUCGCCCAGCGUCUGAAGGAAGCCCAGAACACCUGCGCAAUGCUGACGACGUUCAAUGAGGUUGACAUGAGUAACAUACAAGAGAUGAGAGCUCGGCACAAAGAUGCUUUCCUGAAAAAGCAUAACCUGAAAUUAGGCUUCAUGUCGGCAUUUGUGAAGGCCUCAGCAUUCGCCUUGCAGGAGCAGCCUGUAGUAAACGCAGUGAUUGAUGACGCAACCAAGGAGGUGGUGUACAGAGAUUAUAUUGACAUCAGCGUCGCAGUUGCUACCCCGAGGGGUCUCGUGGUUCCUGUCAUCAGGAAUGUGGAAACGAUGAAUUAUGCAGAUAUUGAACGGACCAUUAAUGAACUGGGAGAGAAGGCCCGGAAGAAUGAACUUGCCAUCGAAGACAUGGAUGGGGGCACCUUCACCAUCAGCAAUGGCGGAGUUUUUGGCUCACUUUUCGGAACACCCAUUAUCAACCCGCCUCAGUCUGCCAUUCUGGGCAUGCAUGGCAUCUUCGACAGGCCUGUGGCUGUGGGGGGCAAGGUGGAAGUCCGACCUAUGAUGUAUGUAGCCCUGACCUACGACCACCGGCUGAUUGAUGGCAGAGAGGCUGUGACUUUCCUCCGAAAAAUCAAGGCAGCAGUAGAAGAUCCACGAGUCCUCCUCCUAGACCUUUAGGAGGAAGCCACACACCCUACCUACUGAUCAUGCAGGAACUGAAAACCAGUCUUCUCCCCGACCCUCCUCAGUCCCAGGUUAACCUGAUGGCAGGCAGGCACUACCAUUGGCCUCGAGCAAGGACUCCAGGGCACUACGUAACCAGCUCUCAUGGGUCUUUUUUAGUGUUCCUUCUAGGCUCUUCCUCUCUCCGUGUGACUCUUACCUUCUGCUCUCUUGGGCCUGAGCGAGAGAGAGAGAGAGCGAGAGAGAGAGAGAGCCCUGUGGAUGCCCAUCAAUAGUCCUGCCUUUAUUCCAGUCCUCUACAGAGACACCUUUGCUUCUCUCCAGUAACAGUAUGCUAUAGGGAUACCACCAGGGACCAUGUGAUUGAGUUUCUGUCUUUGGAAAGUGUUCUCCAAAGAUGCCUAGGGGGAAGCUUUGCCUCCCGGGCUCAAGGCAGCCUCUGUUGCAGCUGUUCUUGGUCUCACUUGAUGCCCCCUGUGUGGGCAUAGGUGAUGAACAUAGGCAAAGCGGGACACCCUCAUCCUAACCUGUCAGCGGCUUCAAGGUGCCUCUCUACCUCUGAUAGGAAGCACAGGCUGGAGGAUUUGGGGAUAGGCACAAUUGUGCUGGGUCCCUGAGGCUACCUGUUGUAGUCACUGAUGGGAGUUGAACCUUGGCUUGCCUUCACAGGCUCCAUUGUAUGCUGGCACUGGGAAGAUUCAUGUUGUCAUAACUACGUACAACUGUUGUCCAUCAUACCAACCCUUUCCAGCUUCUAGGAAUCACUCUAGGACGGUGUUCUCACUUAAAGCAGAUUUUAGCAUAUCAUGGUAGUGGGACAGCCUGGUGAACGGACUGUUCUCACCAGAUCAGGCUGAUGAGAGCUUUUAAAUUCAAGGUGGUACGAGCAUGUGCUGGGAAGGGCUGUUCUCUCCCUUCCUGGGAUGUGGCCUGUGGGGAGCAAGGACUUGGUUCCUCUGGUGCAGGACACAGAUAAGGGGAGGAUGGACUGUGGCGGGAACCAGCCUCGGGAGUUAGGAGAAUGAAGAGAUAAUGACGUCAUCGCUAUGCUCACCCUUCAGGGGCAAGUGGUAGUUAGAAUAUUCUUGAAGCAUGGUGAAAUGUAAUUAACUGGUUAUGAAAGCUCCUAGGCCUUGUGUCCUGCACUGAGCCUGAGACUGCUGACAGCUGACAUGGGGCCAUUAGUGCUGAAUGCCCUUUUUUCUUGUAAUCCAAGACUCGCUGGGGGGAGGGGAAGAGGUCAGUAUUGAGUGCCUGCAGCAUCUGCUACUACAGCUACACCAUUCAGAACUUGUAAUGAAAAUAUUUAAAGAGACUGAUUUUGAAUGAAAAUUAAAGGGCAAAUGUUCUCAAACAGGGCUCCAGGGUCUGUGGUCCUUUUGACCCUUGAGUCUGUACAGCCCCCGUCACUGUUGGCAACCACAAUGUCAUUAUCACUGAGAACCACUUCAUCCUGCGUUGACUGUCCUGGUGGAACCCAGGAUAUCUUUGUGUAUUCUUGUCUCUGAGCAGCACACCAGGCCCCCAGCCAGCCAGGGGAACCCACUGUCUCAGUACCGUGGGUUCUUUUCAGGGAGCCCGUGACCCUGACAAGCCAACUCCUGAACAGAAAUUGUGGCGCCCACCUAUGUGAAGCCCCUUCAAGACACCAAGGGCAGUUUCGCUUUGAAGGGCUUACAUAAUUUCCUAGAUAGAGUGAGGAGGCAUGAACACUCCUAAUACCAUUUGGACUUGGUUGCCAUGUGUGCACCAUUAUAACCACAUCUGGUUAUAACGAAGUGAGGGGUCGUCUCCUAGGAGCAGUAGUAGUAUUUGAGGAGCAAUGGACAGGACAGGGUUGGUCACCAACCCAGAAUCUCCCCAAUGGAUAGGCACGAUGGAGCAAGAGGCUUAGGCACAGCCUUGCUUUCCCACACAUCUGCUGACCGUUUGCAGAGGGGCCCUCCCUCUGGUGGCAUGUCCCAGGAAGAAGUGAGGUCCUUGAGCAGUUGCAGCUGGGUGGGUUCGUGAAUUAUGUAUCUGGUCUAGUGUUUGAUAUGCUACAAGUUUUAAAUUUUUCCACCAGAUUCCUGGAGUUAGCUGCCCUAGUGUAUUGAAAGGCCAUCCAUAAGCCCUGUCAGGACCAGGACCAUGGUAUUCCAAAUGUAUGGCUCGGCUGAGUGCCAGACGUACAGUGUAUCGGCCGGGCAAGCCUGGAAGGGACAUGUACUCCGUAAAGCAGUGGCCAAAGUUGCCUGGCAUUAUGGGUUACCACAGAAAGACCCUACACACUUGUGAGCCAGCUCUGCCAGGUUCUAAGCUAACCUCCCAAGAACCUCUCUUCUCAGGAGAAUCUUCCAUGAGCUGACUGAAGAUUAUGUGAUCCUCAGGCACCAUGACCAGUUGAGGUGUCUGUCUCCUUCCUCCCUUUUUUCUGAGGCUGUUCUCAGGCUGCUUCCUUGUAGGCACUAUAUUGAUGCAAAGAUACCACAGGAAGAAUAGGCUUUAUUAGAGGGCAGACAAACCCUAGGCACUUCGAGGGCCAGCGCACUCGUGGGCAGGCAUGCACGCACACACGAUCUAGGGAUUGGUCAAGUGAAGUUUUGUUGCACGUGCACGCCCCAGUGACUGGGCAAGCCCUCAAACCCAGGCUGUCUUUGGAGAUAACCUCUUCCUUCAGAGACCAGAAAUGCCUGUCUGAAGGCACUGGGUAAAACUGGUCCCUGUGCUCUGUGGUAUCUCAUUCUAAGUCAGCAGGCAGUGAAGCAAACAGACGCUCAUACCAAAAUGCACAGUGGGAAACAACAAACGCCUGAGAACCAACUGCUGGUCCUGUGGAGCAAGCUCUUCUGACACAGGAGAGCCAGCCAGAGAAUAAAGCACUUUAUUCUGUCUCCAAA